GAAGUUAUUGAGCGAUAAGAGAAGAGAAGAGAAGUGAAGAGAAGAAAAUAGAAGAGAAGAGUGAUAUAGAGAGAUGAGUAGUCUAGGGUGAGUGAAGUGGCUAUGUCCAUUGUGGUGGUCCUUGUGCUGUUGCAGUUGUUGCUAUGGGUUGGGUCAUAUUGUUCUUGUACAUGGUGCAGGUCAAGGAGAAUGGUUCUGGUACACGGUUACACCAAUACUGGAGGCCGCAGGCUAUAAAGUGACAACCGUCCAACUUGGACCUUCAGUGACCAUGGAUGUUGAUUCAUUAGAAAACGCUUCGUUUUGGAGUUACUCAAAGCCAUUGUUUGAUCUGUUGGAAUGCAUAGACCACAAGGUUUUGCUUGUGGCUCACAGUGCAGGAGGAUUCAAUAUUGCUGUUGAAAUGGAGAAGUACCCCAACAAGAUACUUGCAGGUGUCUUUACUGCUGCUUACAUGCCUGAUACUACACACAGCAUGUCCUAUGUGCUCGACCAGGGAGCGAACUAUACUGAAGGAUGGCAAGACACUUGUGUCGUGAAAAGUGGGAGCACCACAUGGUAUUUCUUCGGUGAUGAUUUCUUGACAUCAAAACUCUAUCACAAGUGCCCUCCCGAGGAUAUUGUGCUAAUGCGUACACAGAAAAUGUCAGGAUCGUUCUUUGACAAUGAAAUGGCUGAAAUGCAUCUAACAAAUGAGAACUAUGGUUCAGUUGAUCGAUUCUACAUUGCAAAUGAAGACGAUAUAGCAGUUGCUACCGAAUAUCAACACGUAAUGAUCCUGGCCUGCGCUGAUUUCUUGGCAAAAACAGCUGCAAAAUUCGAAGUUUCUUCUCCUAUCCAAUCCUGGCCUGCGCUGAUUGCUAUGGAGUUGGAAGUGGAUUGUCAAUCUCGGCCUAGAUACUGCUUCUUUUAAUGUAUUCUGUUUAUUUCCAUUUUUUGUGAUUUGGUUUCUAUUGUGAGUUCUUCUCUGCUGAUGGCAAUGCCGAAGGUGGAGUAGAAUUUUCCAGAUUCCAAAUGUGAUAAUGCUUUUGUAUAUUCUUUUUUCCUCUUCUAUUAAUAUAAUGAAUUUUUAGCGAAAAAAAAACA